UCCCCCCUGACCCCUGCAGCCCCCCACCCUGCCGAGAACCAUGGGGCACUGCCUGUCUGCUACUCGUCUAAGGAGUCAAUCCUGAGUGGGGCGGGGGUGGGGCAGACACCCCGUAGUGGGCAGGGCAGCGUGAUGCGACGGGCUACGGUGCUGGCCCUGCUGACCGUGGUGCUGGUCUACCUGGUGAGCGGCGCCUUCGUCUUCCGCCUGCUGGAGCAGCCGCAUGAGAGCCGCCAGCAGGAGGCACUGCAGGUCGCCCGUGAGCAGUUCCUGCAGAGAUACCGCUGCGUGCCCAGCCAGGAGCUGGACACACUCAUCCUGCAUGUCAGAGACACCAUGGGUGCCGGUGCUGACCCCACAGCCAACAGCACCAAUGGCACCAGCACCAACUGGGACAUGGGCAGCGCCUUCUUCUUCGCUGGCACCGUCAUCACCACCAUCGGGUUCGGUAACACAUCCCCCAAGACAGAGGGGGGGCGUCUCUUCUGCAUCUUCUACGCUCUAGUUGGGAUCCCGCUCUUCGGGAUGCUGCUGGCUGGGGUGGGCGACCACCUGGGCUUCUCGCUGCGCCAGGCCAUCGGCAAGGUGGAGGAUAUCUUCCUGAAAUGGCAGGUGAGUCCCACCAUUGUGCGGGUUCUCUCCGCCCUGCUCUUCAUCCUCAUUGGCUGCAUCCUUUUCGUCACCAUCCCCACCAUUGUGUUCCAGCGAGUGGAGGGCUGGACCCUGCUGGAAUCUGUCUACUUCGUGGUCAUCACGCUGACUACCAUCGGCUUCGGGGACUAUGUGGCAGGUGAUGGUAUGGGGGACAAGCACCCCUGGUACAAGCCCCUGGUCUGGUUCUGGAUCCUGCUGGGCCUGGCCUACUUCGCCUCCAUCCUCACCAUGAUUGGCAACUGGCUGCGGGUGUUGUCCCGUCGCACACGGGCCGAGAUGGGGGGCCUCACCGCGCAGGCUGCCAGCUGGACAGGGAAUGUGACGGCCCAGCUGCGGGUGACGGGCAUGGGGCUGCCCGAGAAGCUUCAGAAAGUGGGGACGCUGAAGGGACACCCACCCUCCCCUAUGCCCCCGGAGCUUCCACCUGCCACGCCUUCUCCACCACCUCCCUUGCCUCGCCCGGAGCUCCCCUCUCCCAGCACCGCCCUGAAGGUGGCGCAGCUCAACGCCCGCAACAUGGCCGCCUCAGCGGGGGGUGGCCUGCGCCCUAUAGACUACAUGGGGGAGAACCUGGCCUUCAUCGAUGAGAGCUCCGACACCCAGAGCGAGGCGCCCAGCGAAGGGGGGCUGCAGGCGAAGCGCCCCCGCCAACUCCGCCGCCUGCGUACCCGCCACACCCACGGCCAGCCCCCCGGCCUGCCCAUGGACCUGCUGAGCCGCACUCGCCACAAGGGCGAGGCGGUCUAG